AUGCCUCUGCAACGCGUUAAUAAAGACACAAAAGCACUUCAAACCUUUUCUACUAGUGCAAAUGGUUCGCGUCUUGGAUUAGAUCACCUUCUGGUAUGGUUCGAGCGUCCGCCUUUCGGAAUUGCAUGUCUCGACUUGAAUGUCGAUUCUUAUUUUCACUAUGUUCCGCAAGAAAACAAAAUCAGGCGAGAAAUAUUUCGUAUGAAAAUUAAAUUCGGAAUGGCAAACAUACCAAUAGGCCAUUAUCGCACAGAGUUAAGUAUUAUGCAAAUAAAAGUAAUAAUUCCUCCAGUUGCUUCUACUGCUGAAAACUAUAAAAAAUUGUGA